AUGAACGGUGAGGAUGAGGUUGUCGCAGCUCCUGGAGACCCUUUGGAAUGGAGAUUCUCUCAGGUAUUCGGUGAACGAAGCGCUGGUGAAGAUGUUCAAGAAGUUGAUAUAAUUUCAGCGAUUGAAUUCGAUAAAUCCGGUGACCAUCUUGCUACUGGAGACCGUGGAGGACGGGUUGUUCUUUUCGAGAGAAGCGAUGUCAGAAAUAGCAAUGGAGCUAGAAGAGAUCUUGAAGAAGCAGAUUAUCCGCUGAGGCACCCGGAGUUUCGUUAUAAGACGGAAUUUCAGAGUCAUGACCCUGAGUUUGAUUACCUCAAGAGUUUGGAGAUAGAGGAGAAGAUUAACAAGAUUAGAUGGUGUCAAACAGCCAAUGGCGCUCUUUUCCUCCUAUCGACGAAUGAUAAAACCAUCAAGUUUUGGAAGGUUCAAGACAAGAAGAUCAAGAAAAUUUCUGAGUUAAAUUCAGAUCCUUCAAGAACUAUAGGAAAUGGAAGUGUUGCAAGCUCGAGCAAUACAAACAUUACAAGCCUUGUGAAUGGAGGAGUAUCUGAAGUGCACAACUCAUCUAAUGACUUCUCAUCGCUGCGAUUACCUGUGGUAACUAGCCAUGAGUCAAGCCCUGUGGCUAGAUGUCGAAGAGUAUAUGCUCAUGCUCAUGACUAUCAUAUCAAUUCAAUCUCAAACAAUAGUGAUGGCGAAACAUUUAUUUCUGCUGAUGAUUUGCGAAUAAAUCUCUGGAAUCUGGAGAUCAGCAACCAAAGUUUCAAUAUUGUUGAUGUCAAGCCUGCAAAAAUGGAAGAUCUAUCUGAGGUUAUCACAUCAGCAGAAUUUCAUCCUACCCAUUGCAACAUGUUAGCCUAUAGCAGUUCAAAAGGUUCAAUUCGCCUGAUUGAUCUGCGUCAAUCAGCUUUAUGCGAUUCACAUUCCAAAUUGUUUCAGGAACAAGAGGCACCAGGUCCUAAAUCGUUCUUCACUGAGAUAAUUGCUUCUGUCUCAGACAUCAAAUUUGCAAAAGAAGGAAGAUAUCUACUUAGCCGUGACUACAUGACACUUAAGUUAUGGGACAUCAACAUGGACGCAGGUCCAGUAGCAACUUUCCAAGUUCAUGAAUAUUUGAAACCAAAGCUCUGUGAUUUAUAUGAAAAUGAUUCCAUCUUUGACAAGUUCGAGUGUUGUAUAAGUGGGAAUGGAUUGCGAGCAGCUACAGGUUCUUACAGCAAUCUGUUCCGUGUGUUUGGUGUUUCCCCGGGAAGUACUGAGACUGCAACUUUAGAAGCAAGCAGAAACCCGAUGAGGAGACAUGUCCCAAUUCCCUCGAGGCCAGCCAGAGCUCUAAGCAGUAUAACGCGUGUUGUAAGUAGAGGAUCAGAGAGUCCCGGAGUCGAUGGAAAUAGCAAUGCUAAUGAUUUCACAACAAAGUUACUGCAUCUUGCUUGGCAUCCAAACGAGAACUCGAUUGCUUGCGCCGCUGCAAAUAGCUUAUACAUGUACUAUGCUUAA